UGUCAUAAUUUAUCAAAGGAUUUAAUCUUAAACCCCAGGAUGGAUCCACCUUGUCGUGGUCCUGGGGCUCAGUACCACUCCACAAACCAGUGGCAGUGGGAAGCUAACGGAUCCAACUCCGCAUCUCUGGUCUUGUUCUUCUGAAGUUAGUUGACAGUAGUAUGGGAUCAACACUGAGCGUAACUGACAAGGUGGCACCUGGCGAGCUGUCUGGUCUUAAGCAAUCGAUAUUCAAUAGGUCGGACUCUGAGCUAAGCGAUGAACAAAGACAUAAAUCUCGCACCACCACCGAUGUUUUCUUCCUUUUAUUGUUCACUACAUUUUUAAUCAUUCUGCUGUGCUUCAUUGGAUACUGUGUAUUUUAUGGGGACAUAUACCGUUCCAUCAAUGGUUAUGACAACUGUGGAAACGUGUGUAACAGACCUGGCUACACAGUAAAAACAGGCGAAAGAAGAGAUCCAGGGUGUUUCGGUUACAACCACAUAAAUGAAAAAUAUCACAUAGUCGUCAAACACAACUCAUUGGUGGACAGACAUUGUGUGGCAAACUGCUCCCAGUAUGAAGGAUAUCGUCAGUUCUUCAACAGAUGCGUCCCAAAGAAGAGUUCUUCAGUUGUCAACACUGUAUUUUCCAAAACUGGCCUGAAAAAUUUUUUUCAGGAAGUGGCUGAGGAUUUCCAUUUUUGCUGGCCAGAAUUCUGCUAUUUAUGUCUAGUGGCCUUAGCUGCCUCCAUUCUUAUACUAUUUCUAUUUAGAUAUUUAAUUGGACUCGUUGUGUGGGUGGUUUUGAUUGGGGUAGUAAUAGCAUGCAUUGGAGGAACAAUAUUUUUAUGGAUAAUGUGGAAGCAAAGCACAGACCAAGCAAAUUUUGUCCCUGAUAAUCUUAUUCCUGACGUGGAUUCGAGAAAAACAGGAACUUAUCUAGGAUUUGCCAUUGCUGCAACCAUUGUGUCCAUAAUGGUGGUCUUGGUUAUAUUUGUAAUGAGGAAACGUAUCAAAUUGGUGGUACAAUUGUUUGAAGAAUCUGGCAAAGCCUUAACUGCAAUGCCUUUAUUAUUAAUCGAACCAAUUUUGACGUUUAUCUGUUUGGCCAUAGUGAUAACGUUGUGGUUCUACUUUUCUUUAUGGAUUGAAAGCUCUGGAUAUUUAACAGAGCAAAGAUCUCACGUAUUCUAUUACGAAAAAAACAGUUGGAUGAGAUUCACAAGAUGGUACAAUUUAUUGGCAAUGUUAUGGAUGACCCAGUUCCUUAUUGGGUGCCAACACAUGGUUAUUGCUGGAGCAGUCUCCGAAUGGUUUUUUACAAGAGAUAAAAGUAAAUUAUCCUUUCCAAUAAGUCACAGUGCUUAUAACUUGGUUCGCUUCCAUUUGGGCUCAGUAGCAUUGGGAUCUUUGAUUAUUGCACUUGUGCAGUUCUUAAGGAUUAUUUUUAAAGUAUUAGAGAAAUAUCUAAACAACCACGAAGGAUCUAUUGCAAAGUGUCUAAUGAAAUGUUGUCAUUGCUGCUUAUAUUGUUUCGAAAAAGUCAUCAAGUAUCUCAGUCGAAAUGCUUAUAUUGAAGUUGCAAUCUACGGCUAUUCAUUUUGUACGGCUGGCAAACAAGCUUUUAAGCUUCUGUCUUCCAACGUAUUAAGGGUCGCCACAAUUAAUUCAGUCGGUGAUUUCAUUUUAUUCCUGGGCAAGAUCUUGGUCGUGGUGACCACUGUUUUAGUUGGAAUAAAACUGAUACAGGAUAAAGAUGGUGUCCACCACAUGUGGGUCCCUAUAACACUUGCUGGUUUGUUCGCAUACUUUGUGGCACAUUGUUUUAUGACAGUUUAUGAGAUGUCUAUAGAUACAAUUUUCUUAUGCUUUUGUGAGGAUUGCGAGCAAAAUGAUGGAGUUACGAGACCGUAUUAUAUGUCAAGAGGUUUGAUGGAGUUUGUAGAGAACUCGAGAAAAGCUCUGGAAAUUCACGACCACAAGCAACAAAACAAAGUCAACAGUGCUUGGCAAGAUGACAUACAUACUAUAAGCAAGUCCGUAGGUGACACAUAAGAGAGAAUAAGACUGGCAAAUGUUAUUAAUUAUGAGACUAUGAUAUAUUAAAGCACAAGUUUUUCGUAUUUGUCGAGUGUUUGGCAUCGUUAAGUGUUUAAAAUAAUAAUGAAAAACUGUAAUUAUAAAUAUAUUUUACUUCUUUAAUUAUAUAAUUUA